GGACAGCUUUCAGUUUUCAUUACCUCACUGGGGAUUUCUGAGUUGAUGGAAGACCGGAGUGUGGAUGGGAUCUUUGGCUGUGGGAGUUUCCAGUGUUUUAUUUUGGUCUGUUUCGGUGGCUUUGAGGUGGAGAAAAGGUAACUAAAAACUGCACACUGAAAGCAGCGUUCUAGUAUUUCUAUUACUGACGGAACAAAGACGAUGUGAAGGUAGAAACCACAUGUUGUCUGAAUGCUAUUGUUAUAAAUACAACCGAUGCAUGAAGUUGAGCAGCUUGUCGGGUGUGAAGAGUAUUUAGAGGAGAGGAGAGGAGAGAGGAGAUAGAGGUGGUUCAUGUCAUCCGAGAUCAACAGGCCUGAACACUGAACAGGAGACUGAGGUGGUCGAUGUCAUCAGAGAUCAACAGGCCUGAACGCUGAACAGACAUGAUGGAGCGGUGGUGGGCGUGGCAGUUUGCCCUCGUCGCCCUGGCAACCAUUUACCUCAUCCCCUCCCACGGUAAAAACACGGAGUUCCCCUCCGACACUCUGAUCAACAACGUGGUGAUUGACCCUCACUCGGGUCGACUUUACGUCGGCGCCGUCAACUACCUCUACCAGCUGAACCGCGACCUCCAGGUCGAGUCCCGCACCGAGACGGGCCCCAAGAAGGACAACCGGCACUGCACGCCGCCCGUCACCGAAGAAUGCGAUGAGGCCGUGGACACGGACAACCACAACAAGCUGCUGCUGGUCCAGGAGGCCAAGGACAUACUGGUGGUCUGCGGCAGCAUCUACAGAGGCAUCUGCUCGCUGAGGAACCUGAGCAAAGUGGAGGACCUGAUCUACUUCAGCGACACCAAAGGAGAGAAGUCGUACGUGGCGAGCGCCGAGGAGAGCGUCUCCGUGGUGGGAGUGAUGUCAUACUUCACAAAGGAUAAAGACAACUUCACCGUCUUCCUGGUCGGUAAGGGCUACGGCGGCCACGACAGCACCAAGCUGAUCUCCACCCGCAUCCUCCAGGACUACGGCGACUGGGUGGUCUUCGACAACAUCAUCGAGGCCUCGGCGGUGCAGGCCAACCCCUUCGUCCUGCGGUACCUCCACGACUUCCGCUUCGUCUUCAAGGACGGCGGCUUCGUGUACUUCCUGUUCUCGCGAACGCUGGGGGUUCAGGACACCAAGAACUUCACCUUCAUCUCCAGGAUGUGCGAGGACGACCAGAGUUACUACUCGUACACGGAGCUGCAGCUCAACUGCAGCGAAACCAACGACACCAACAAGUACAACAAAGCUCAGGCUGCCUACGUAGCCACACCAGGUGAAGUUCUGGCUCACACUAUGAACACAUCAGGCCGGUAUGGACCGGUUUCAGCCUCCGACAAGGUUCUGUUUGUCACCUUCACGUCUGAUGAAGACCCGUCUACUUCAGCCAUGUGCAUGUACCCUCUUCGCUCAAUUAAUGAGCAGCUGGUGGAGAUAUUAGGAGCCUGUUACAGCUACAACGGCAUCAUUAACGGAAAGACUGCCGUCUACUCGCCGUACUCGUCCAAGUCUGAGGAUCCGUGCAGCAGCAGUAGUGGGAAAAGCAUGGCAACCAAAUACAAGUGUGGAGCCGAGUUCCUGCCCUCCCCGCUGGCCAGCAGGGCCGAGUUCGCCUUAACGUCUGAGCCCCAAUUGGCCCGUAAGGGUCACAUGACCGCCGUGGCUGUGGCUGUGGAGAUGGGGCACGCUGUGGCGUUCCUGGGCACCGCCACCGGAGAGGUGCUGAAGGUGCAUCUGUCGGCCCAUCCCGAGGUGUACGGGCGGGCGCCGGGCGAAGUCACGGGAGACAAGGUCAACAAGAAUCUGCUGUUCGAUUCCAGACUCCAGCACCUGUACAUCACCACCGAGAAAAAGAUCACCAAGGUUCCCGUCCAGGCCUGCCACUUGAAGACAGACUGCCAGUCCUGCGUCUCCAUGAAGGAUCCAUACUGUGGCUGGUGUGUCCUGGAGGGAAAGUGCACCCGGAACAAGGAGUGCAGCAGGUGGAGGGAGAACAACACCUGGCUGUGGUCGCCCAAUCAACAGUGUGUUGAGAUCCAGGCCUUUGACCCGCCGAACCUCAGCUGCAAGAAGACGCAGCAGGUCUACAUCAACAUACCGGCUCUCCCCAAUCUGAGGAGCUCUGAUAGGCUGAAGUGUCAGUUCGACUCCUACGUCAGCGGCGCCGUGGUCGUCAUUGAGGACAGUCAGGUGCAGGUCACCUGUUCGCUGCCCGACCCCUCGGAAAUCCCGCCCACUCCCGACCAGCAAGACUACGUGUCCGUCCCAGUCAAAGUUCUGGUGAACGACAACAUCAAGGUGACGUCUGGAGAGUACCACUUCUACAACUGUGCUGCUACAGUCAGGAAGAACCAAAACACACCGUGUAUAGCGUGUGUGACCAGUGAAUGGGGCUGUCAGUGGAACGCUCAGGCUCACAGAUGCAGCGACAACGAUGAUGCUGUAGGUGGAGAUCACAUCGUUAAACCACAACAGUCUGGCAGUUGUCCUCAGUUUGAGUCUCCGGAGCCGCUGCUGAUCCCCGUAGGCUUUCAAAUCCCCAUCAGCUUCCAGGGAAGAAACCUGGACAUCUACAUGGGACAGAGGUUUUCCAUCGGGACUAAGCUGAUGAAGGACGCGGAGGUGCCGGUCACACAGGAGCAGGGGUCAAAGUUCAAAUUCACAGGUUAUGAGUUUACCUAUGACAAGCAGCAGGAGGUGAACGUAUCGUUCCAUAUCAAAGACGGAGACACCGAGAGGAAGAUUGACAGCACGCUGACAGUGGUGCUGUAUAACUGCUCCGUGGGAAGAGAAGACUGCAGUCUGUGUAAACACGCCGAAGCCAAGUACCAGUGUGUUUGGUGCGCAGCAACACGCACCUGCGUCUACCGGGAGCUCUGCCCGUCACCACAGCCGGCGCAGUGCCCCAGCCCGGAAAUCACAGACAUCAUCCCUCGCUUCGGUCCUCUGAACGGACGCAUCUCGGUGACCAUCAAAGGCUCCAACAUGGGGAUAAAGAGGGAGGACGUCAAGAAGAUCACGGUGGCUGGAGUGGACUGUGUCCACCAGAAGGACAGAUACUCCGUCUCUACCAGUGUGGUGUGUGAGAUCGGCCCGGCGAGGCGAGUUCCUCCGUCUGACGUCCCGCUUGAACACUCCAACAGUGGAGCAGUGGAGAUAGAAAUAGAGGGAGGAAGAACAGGGACAUCUAAGGUCUUCUUCACCUAUCGGGACCCCAAACCAAAGUUUGUCCACCCAGCGAAGGGUCCAGCAGCCGGAGGAACAGUCAUCACCAUCGAGGGAGAAGACCUGGACACCGCAACUAAAGACGACGUCACCGUCAGCGUGGGGGGGGUUCCCUGUGAAGUCCUGGCGUUCGGCUCAAAGAUCACCUGUGAGACCGGGAAGUGGCAGAAGGUGUCCUCCGACCUGUUAACGGUGACGGUGAGAUACGGUAAAAACACCACCAAAGACGUCGCAGCUGCGUACCAGUACUCUGAAAACCCCAAGAUCACAGAUUAUAACCCCAAGGACAGCUUCGUAUGCGGUGGUCGAAGGAUCGUCGUGAUAGGAAGCGGUUUUGAUCUGAUCCAGAGAGCCACGAUGAAAGUCAACACCUCCGACGACGAGUUUUCACAGAACACCACAUCUGUAGAGUUCGUCCAGGAGGCUCUGAGUAAGAACGACACGUUCCUCCAAUUUGACUCUCCGGCGGUGAGGAACGACUCCAUCGACAGCCUACGGACCUUCCUCCAGCUGGACAACGUGGUGGAGGAGCUGAAGAGCUUCAACUACCACCCCGAACCCUCCUUCAACGCGCUCCACAAGAACGUCAUCACCGAGGCCAGCGUCAUCAUCGUCACUGGUAAAGGUUUCUCCAAGGCCAUGACGGCCAAAGAGGCCCAGGCGUUUGUUGGAGACGCCUCCUGUCACGUUAACAUCCUGCAGGAUGAUAAGUUGAUCCUGGACGCUCCGUCAUCGCAGCCCAGUUCCAGAUCCAGAUCCAAACGCCAACGCAGAGACACAACCAACGACCUGGAGCUGGAGCUCGUGGUGAAGUUUGGUCAUGGCGAGUGGAUGGUGGGAGAAGUCUACUAUGCCAGAAAAGACGACAUCCCUUUGGCGAUUAUCAUCCCUGCAGUCAUCGUACCGAUGCUGCUCUUCAUCGCCGUGUCCGUCUACUGCUACAGGAGGAAGAGUCAGCAGGCAGAACGAGAAUACGAGAAGGUGAAACACCAGCUGGAGAAUCUGGAGGAAAGCGUCCGAGAUCGCUGCAAGAAAGAGUUCACAGAUCUGAUGAUUGAAAUGGAGGACCACACAAGUGACCUGAGCGAGGCCCGGAUCCCCUUCCUGGACUACAAAACCUACACCGACCGAUGCUUCUUCCUGCCCUCCAAGGACGGCGCCAACGACACCAUGAUCACUGGAAAAAUACAAAUCCCAGAAGCCCGCAAGGCCAUCGUGGCUCAGGCGCUGAACCAGUUCUCCAACCUGCUGAACAGUAAAACCUUCCUCAUCAAUUUCAUCCGCACGUUGGAGAGUCGUCCGGACUUCAACGCCAGAUCUCGCGGUUAUUUUGCUUCCCUGCUGACGGUGGCGCUGCACGGCAAACUGGAGUAUUACACGGACAUCAUGAGGACGCUGCUGCUGGAGCUGAUGGACGAACACGUGCAGAACAAAAACCCCAAACUCAUGCUCAGGAGGUCAGAGACGGUGGUGGAGAGGAUGCUGUGUAACUGGAUGUCCAUCUGUAUCUACCAGUUCCUCCGGGACACGGCAGGAGAGCCUUUAUACAAACUGUUCAAGGCCUUGAAGCACCAGGUGGAGAAAGGACCGGUGGACGCCAAGAUGAAGAAAGCCAAAUACACCCUGAACGAUACGGGACUGCUGGGGGACGACGUGGAAUACUGUGUACUGACCCUGCAGGUGUUGGUGCACGGCGAGGGACCGGAUGUGACUCCAGUGAAGGUGUUGAACUGUGACACCAUCUCCCAGGUGAAAGAGAAGAUCAUCGAUCAGGUGUACAGGAACCUGCCGUACUCUCAGAGACCGGAGGUGGAGAGUGUUGCUCUGGAGUGGCGUCCCGGCUCCACGGGUCAGAUCCUGUCCGACCUCGACCUCACCUCCCAGAAAGAGGGACGCUGGAAGAGACUCAACACUCUGGCUCAUUACAAUGUUCGAGAUAACGCCACGUUGGUUCUGUCCAGAGUUAUACACACACAGGCUUUCCACCAACACCAGGAUAGCUACGAAGAGAAAAACGCCCUGCUGGAGGACGACCUCACCUUCCACCUGGUGCGGCCGGCCGACGAGAUCGAUGAGGUGAAGUCAAAGAGAGGCAGCAUGAAGGACAAGGCCAUGACCAAAGCUAUCACUGAGAUCUACCUGACCAGGCUGCUCUCUGUCAAGGGCACUUUGCAGCAGUUUGUGGACGAUUUCUUCCGCAGCGUUUUGUGCUCGAGCACCGUCGUCCCCCCUGCCGUCAAAUACUUCUUUGACUUCCUGGACGAACAGGCGCUGAGACACGACAACGUGGACGAGGAGACGCUGCACAUCUGGAAGACUAACAGCUUGCCUCUGAGGUUUUGGGUGAACAUCCUGAGGAACCCCCACUUCAUCUUCGACGUCCACGUGACGGAGGUGGUGGACGCGUCGCUGCACGUCAUCUCUCAGACCUUCAUGGACGCCUGCACCAAGACGGAGCACAAACUCAGCAGAGAGUCUCCCAGCAACAAGCUACUCUAUGCAAAAGAGAUUUCCACGUACAAGAAGAUGGUGGACGAUUACUACUCGGGCAUCAGACAGAUGGUUCCAGUCAGUGACCAGGACAUGAACACACACCUGGCUGAGGUGUCCCGGGAACACACAGACAAGCUGAACUCCCAGUUGGCCUUACAUCAGCUGUACCAGUACGCCAGCAAGUACUACGAUGUGAUCAUCCAGUCGCUGGACGAGGACCCAGCAGCCCAGAAUAAACAGCUCACCCUUCGCCUCCAACAGAUCGCCGCCGCCCUGGAGAACAAGGUCACCGACCUUUGACCUCUGACCUCACGGAGGGGUCAGGGGGCGGAGCUGACGGCUACUAAAACACAGGAUGUUGUUUUCAAUUUAAGGACUCAAAGGAGGACGAGCUCGCGGACUCUACCGAAUGUUUGACCAUGUAAGGACUGAAGUGGGAGGGGCUAGUGGAGCCACAGGAAGCUGUUGACCAUAUAAGGACUAAAGGAGGGAGGAGUUAUUGGACUCCAGGAGGGGUGAGGAAUGGAGAUGUUGGACAAAUGAAGUGUUAAAAUAUGGUAGAAACUGAAGCGCUGAUAUCUACUACAGUUGUGUGGCAUACUUCCACUUGGCAUCCCGAAAACAAAUACCAAGGAGGGAUGCAAAAUGGUGACCGUAGUAUGGCUGCAGAUGGGAGCUCUGUGAAAUCAAAGGGUUAUUUUUUUAAUGGCAACGAAGGCGUUCGGUAAGUGUGAUCCUCGGACCUAGCUGUUUCUGUGUUUCUCGACAUCACAAGUUUUAAUUUGACCACUCAAGGACUGAAGAAGAAAAAUGUGCCACACAAGGAAUGAAGAUUUUUUGGAUAAUUGAAGAAUAUAAGUGAAGUAAUGAGCCGUUACUGAAUAUUUUUCUUUUUUGCUACUCAGCCCUUUUUUUGGAAGUUUGGAUUGUAGAAGUACAGCGGCUCCUGGACGCUUUGUGACCACUUUUUCGUUAUCGUAUUACAGCGACGUUAUGAACUGUGGAUUGAGGUGAAUAACGUCUGAUCUGAGGUCAGUUUUUCUGUCUCCACACUAAAUGGCCACCAGGAAAAUCUGAUCUCUUAUCAGUAUCAGAUUUUCAUCCUAAAGUGUAAAAACACUUGGACGAACUUUCUUUUCCCUUCAAGCGAGCUCAAAUAUAAAAUAAUCGACCAAUGAAAACCCACUACGGUACACACCACUGGCCAAUCAGGGGUCUUGGUUUGUUUGAUGGCACAGUUGAGGAGAGUGAAUUCAGGGUACGAUGUCCAAAAAUCAAACCACAUUUUAACUUUUCUUAUAUCAUUGGCCAAAUGUUGUUUUUCAUAUCAGAUUAUGUGUUUCUAUGCUGAUGACACUGUGCUGGUGACUAAAAGAUCACAGCUGAAUAAUUGCAUUCUGUUUAGUUUGUUUAGUAUUAUUCUUUGUAUGCAAGCUUUAAAAGGAAUAGUUUGGGCCAAGUGGGGUUGUAUGAGGUACUUAUCCCUAGUAAGUGUAUUACCUACAGUAGAUGGACCUGCACAGGAGCAAUGUACUGCUGUGAACGGGGUCAGCAGCACAACGUA